GCAGAAGGGUGGCGGUGGAGGGAGAGGGGAAAUGACCAAAGGAGAGAGGAAGACAGAAGGAGAGGUAGGAAGGAGUGUCCGUGGGGUAGAGGACAGCGGAUACAGGACGGCGCUUCUUGGGGCUGCUCCUGGGCCUCCUGAAACCUAACCAGACAGAAGGAGCGGCCGCUCAGCGCUGCCCUCCCAGCGGAGGGCACUUCGGGAAUGCAGCCGCUCCCGCCGCCUGUGCCUGGCCCUCUGGCUCUGCUGGAUACCACAGAGGGCUUUGGCAGGAGGAGGAAGAUCUCUCUGUGGUUUGUGGGCUCUCUGCUGCUGGUGUCCACGCUCAUCCUGACCAUCGGCCUUGCUGCCACCACCAGAACAGAGAAUGUGACCGUGGGCGGCUACUACCCGGGGAUCAUCCUGGGCUUUGGGUCCUUCUUGGGAAUCAUUGGCAUCCACCUGGUGGAGAAUAGAAGACAAAUGCUGGUGGCGGCCAUCGUGUUCAUCAGUUUUGGUGUUGUGGCGGCAUUCUGCUGUGCCAUAGUCGAUGGCGUGUUCGCAGCACGGCACAUCGAACCAAGACCUCUCAGCGCAGGAAGGUGCCAGUUUUACUCCAGUGGGACCGGGUAUUUGUAUGAUGUCUAUCAGACAGAGGUCACCUGCUACUCUCUGAGUGGAAGGUGCCAGCUGAAAGUGAGGAGCAACACAUGUUACUGCUGUGACCUGUAUGCUUGUGGGAGCACAGAGUCCUCGCCUGCCUACUAUGAAUUUGUGGGUGUGCGGAGCUGCCAGGAUGUGAUCCACCUCUACCGGCUGCUCUGGGUGUCCACAGUGCUGAAUGUCCUGGGCCUGUGCCUUGGCAUUAUCACAGCCGCAGUCCUAGGAGCCUUCAAGGACAUGGUUCCUCUGUCUCAGCUGGCCUAUGGCCCAUCUCCACCACCUCAGAUCCUCUACAACCCUGCCCAGCAGAUCCUAGCCUACACUGGCUUGUGCCCUCCAUCUAUGACUGUGCCAACCUGUUCCUCCUACCCUCUGCCACUUCAGCCCUCCAGUGCCCUGCCGGCCUCGUCCUCUGCUGACCUCUCUCGGCCUGAGGACACAGAGUCCCUCUCUCAGUGCAACUCCAGCCGUGGGCAUUCUCCUAAUGCUCCUUCACUCUGCACACCAACCUACUUCCUCCCGGGGGAGAAGCCUCCCCCCUAUGCACCCUGACACGGAGGCAGUAGAUUAAAAAGUAACUUGGUUUGGGGGUUGCCAGAAAUAAAACAAAAAUAAUAAAGCCAUCCAUAGGAAGCCUG